GGGGGUGAGAGAUAUUUACGUGUUAGUCUCGUCCUCGGAACACACCAGCACACACCCUCCCUCUAUCCCGGGACACACACUGUCACCCUCCCUCUUCCUCCAGUUAUGUCUCGUCAGAUUCCCAUGAUGUACCGAGAUCCCUUCUUCCGUGACUUUUGGGGCGAUCGAGGAGACUUCUUCACCGACCGGCGGGAACAAGUCUUCGACCGACCGUCCAAGGUUUUCGACCAGCACUUCGGGUCAGUGAUGGCGGAGGAGGAUGUGUCUGCACCCAGCGCCUCUCUCUACACCCGUUGUCGUCGUCCCCCCAAAGAGCGAUCAGGUAUCUCCACGAUGUGUCAAGAGAAGAACAAGUUCACAAUGUCCCUGGACGUGCAACAGUUCAAGCCAGAGGAGCUGAAGGUUCGUGUGGUGGAGGGCGUCGUUGAGGUGGAGGGUAAACACGAGCAACGCCCUGACGAACAUGGCACCAUCUCUAGGCACUUUGUCAGGAAGUACACACUGCCGGAAGAUGUCCUCACAGAUAUGGUGGGUUCUUCUCUCUCUCCUGACGGCGUCCUAACCAUCGAGGCCCCAAAGAAGCCCGUGGAGCCUCCCCAACCAGCACAGCGCGACGUCCCCAUCCGCAAGACUGAGGAACCCACUAAGAUGUGAGGUAGCUCCCGUCAUCGUCGACAAGAUGGCUUCUCGCAAGACCAUGGUGCUUAGCGAUACCACUCUGCUGCUUCCAAGAUGCUUUUUACAAUCACUCUGCCGCUUCCAAGAUGCUUUCUACAACUAACGUCAUCUACCGGAAUGAAGAUGACGUCCAGCAUCGUCACUCUGUCACAAUAUCUACUACUACUACUACUACUAUAUUACCACAACCAAGAUGUUUGGCACUAGUUUAUAACAGGGCCACGACGGCUACCACAAACAUAAACAUAACACCACCACCCGUUAUCAACAGGAACCAUAGUGAUCUUCUCAACAUGGUGUUAUUAUGCCCAGCUUCUUACGAUUCACUAGCACAACCUGUUAUCUGUCUUAUCACUACGACCCCUUAUUAACGUGAACUUCUGUAACCUAUACCAAAUGUCGCUCAUCCACGAAGUUUUCUAAAAUGGUUUUGUCAUUGUCUUUAUGGCUCAAUAUAUAAUUUCUUUGUGUGAAGGUUAACUAAUUUUGUACUAUGAUCUUUUUUCUUCCUCCUCUAGCCAAGGGGAAUUUGAUAACAUUUUAGAUCGUCUUUUCUUACGCUGACUCAAGUAAGUAAUGGACAGUUAAGGACAAUAAUUACUUUAUAUUCUGAUUUGAAACUCGUUCCAAUAAUUUAGGGACUCGUUCCAAUUGUUUAGGGUCUCGUUCUAAUAGUUUAGUGACUCGUUCCAAUAAUUUAGUGACUCGUUCCAAUAGUUUAAAAAUUCGUUCCAACAGUUAGAAGUUUCCGACGUGUAAAGGAAUUUUGUUGGUGACUGCACAUUGCUACAACAGGGGCUGCCGCCUACAUUAUAUAGUCAGAACUGUAACUUAAGUGAGUUUGGUUAUUUCAUCAACAAAUUUAAUUAGAUGAUUCUUAAAGAAUUGUUGAGUUUGUUUUACAGCAUUUCCUGUAUGUGUCGUGAGGAAAUAAACGCCUAGUGAGGA